AUGUCUGACACCUUCGAUGCGCCACCCCCUCGACGGUCGCUCACCCUUCCGACCAAGCUGAACCGUUCCGUCCAACGCAAAUCCGACUCAUACAAACCAUCUGAGAAUGACCUUUUCUAUCAUCCGUCUGCCAAGGUCGUCCACUUUGCGCCGCGGGCUGUAGCCCCGAUUCCAUCGAGUACCACGCCGUCCGACUUCGACUACCCCGUUGAUACCAUCGAGACACUGCCGUGGCGGUCUCCUACCGAGCGGACGGUCGCGUUCGCACCGCUGAGGCUGGAAAAGGUAUACGGAUUGACAGUGUUCCUGAAAUGCGGCAGUGUCGUUCAUGCCAUCUUGAAGAACUCGCAGUGUUGGUGCGUGGAUCGGGAAUCGACUUUUGUUUUACGCAUCCGUCCCCUCACAUAUUACCGAAUUGAGCUGCCGAACGAAACCGAGCAGGAUAAGGAGCUUGUUACGCGGUUGAAGAAUGCGCUGCCUCAGAUUCUCCGCUAUGAAGUAACCCCGUGCCCGUUCAAGCGCGGAUUUACCGUCGAGAUUCCAGAAGAGGCGAAGGCCCCCCGACGGAAGAAAGCAUGGCGCCCGAAAGGACGAAGAGAAAGUGCUCCUACACAGUCGGCUCACGGUCGCGAGUCUCUCGAGGUAAAAGGAGCCGCCACUCCUGAUACGCACAGCGCAGGCGAGGACACAGACGGGACAGCCACUGAUGGUACUUGCUUCACUCCCAAGGGAAGCAUUACGGGACUGGAUACAAUCCCGGAUGAUCACGAUAGGUUGCCAGAGCCUAUCAAUAUCCCAGAACCUAACAACUGGUCGAGACGAGCAGUGGCCGAGACACAGCAGAGCUUCCAUACCUUGCUGGCGAGGUUUGAAGACACCUCCGAGACUCGAGACCAGGAACACGCGCUUUCCUCGAGUGUCGAGUCUUCCCACUCGAUCGACAUCACACCAGAGCCAUCUCUGACACCCCCGUCGCCCACAUCACCGGAUGUGACACACAGAACGCGGUAUGAACCUUGUGAUAUACAGGAGCCUUCAGAGGAACUGGUCUGUCAAGAUACUCUGCAAUCCACGGACCGGCUGUACGCACCUGCACAAGACUUGUUCCCUGACGACCAAAGCUUCAGGUUGCGUCGAACACCGGGCUCAUUUUCCAGCAUUCACAGUGCCACGUCUACCGCAUCUAAUUCAGACCUUUCUAGCAUGAGUCUCGAAUUCCGCCGCCGGUCAAAGGCAUCCUGCGAGCGAGAAACCGGACCCGUGCCUCCACCAUCUACCCUAGUACUCUCCAACCCAGAAAAGCACGAUGCGGCCUCGUUGAUCCAGAAGACCUGCACAUUAGUCCUAGUUCCUCCAAUCUCCCUACUCUUAGUCCUCGUCCAUAUCGCCGCACGGAUCGUUAUAGGCCCAGCACUCGACUCACCAGCCGGAGAGUUCUAUCGAAAACUCGAACGUCAAGCUUCUCGUCCUCACGAGGCUGUGGAUGAUUUUGAUCUUCCACUUGCACCGCACUGCUCCAGCAAGUCGUCCGUUUCGGACUAA